CAUUAUUUCACUGACACAGCUCUAUACUACUACAAUCUUCCACGUUGACUAGUUACCCACCCAUUUUUACAAAUUCCACCCCCCAGGAAGGAAUAACAUUAACUGCAUGUUGACUGUUUCACCCGCCUUUCGUGUGUGACGGCCUGACCACCUGUACGGACGCGUGUGGCCCGUCGCUUUCCCCGUCCACGUGCCCGUCGUGCCGCGGGCAUAUUCCCGCCGAUUCGGUGGGCCUUUAAAACCCCAGCGCUCUUUCCACCGGGCCACCAGGGGAACCACGCGCGUACGGUGAAAUGUUGACUCGUCGGGGCCCGUCAGGUGGAUGGCGCGACGGGCGAGAUAGGCGAGACGAGCCGGCCAUUGGAAGGGCCGCCCGUCACCGCGACGAAGAAAUCAACACACUUGGACGAGAGAGAGACCUUGGAAAUGCCAGUUGACAAUUUUGGCCCAAUGCUCUGUGUCGUGACAUUUUAGGUCGACUCCUUUCUCCCAAUCCCUCUCAUUCUUCCAUUUCUCCCAUUUGGCGGUCGAUCGAUCGAGAGGGAGAGAGAAAUGGGCGUUGAAUCGCCAAUGGAUCCCAGCGGCAGCAGCUCCAGCGCCAUCGCCAGCAGCAGCGACUCCAAUCCCUACCAGGUGAACAUCAAGAUCAUGAUUGCCGCCAUUGUCGUCCUCUUCUCGGUCAUCCUCUUCAUCCUCUCGCUCCACCUCUACGCCAAGUGGUUCUGGAAGAGCUCCCAAUUCGCCGCGCGCCGCCGCCGCCUCCUCCACCUCCAGCAGAUCCAAGCCAUCCAGCAGCAGAUCCAGGCGGCGGCGGCCGCGGACCCUCUCUUCUUCUCCAAUUCCCCGGCGCUGGGCGUGGACAAGUCCAUCAUCCAGUCGCUCCCCCUCUUCGUCUUCCGCGAGAGCGACAAGAUCAAGCUCGAUUGCUGCGCGGUCUGCCUGUGCGAGUUCCAGGAGGGCGAUCACGGCCGGACUCUCCCCAAAUGCGGCCAUAGCUUCCACACCGAGUGUAUAGAUAUGUGGCUGCAUUGCCACUCCACUUGUCCCCUGUGCCGUGCCAGCCUCCUGUCCGGCUCCAACUCCGCUGGAUGUCCCAAGAGCAUCGUCCCAGAGCUGCUGCUUCUUCCGGAUCUAAAUCUCGUCGCCACCACCACUUCUCCGCCAACGCCUUCUUCCACGGAUCUAGUUUCUUCAUCGUCGUCGUCGACACCAUCGCCAUCGUCUUCUAGCUCCUCUUCCUCGUCGAGUUCUACGUCGGGCGAUAGUGAUUCCCAGCACCAGCCGCAGCAAUCGGUUCAGGUGGUCCAACUGGUUUUGGAUCUAGACGAGAAUGCCACCUCCAAGUCGCUGUCUAGUUCUCCGUCGACUUCUUCCUCGGCUGGCGGGUCUCUGUCGGCCAAGCGCCGGUGGAGGAACUUGAGACGAAUGCUCGGUAGGCCCUCGCCAUCGUCGCCUCUGCUAGCACUGCCGCCUUCCGCGUCGUGUUCGUUCUCAUCUACGUCGUCAGCGGCGUCUUACGCGGUCUCGGUUGUCGGGGAGUCAUCGGAUCUGCAAGGCAGCUACAACUCAAUCCUGGUGCUGGUGGAGUGAAAGUCUUCGUACCUUGCAAGUUUCUUCGUUGGAUGUAUCGAGUUCCAACAAGGCAGAACCGAAUCCGCGACGGAGGAAGGAAGCAAAGACUGGGCGAAAUGACAGUUGCGUGGUGUAUACAAGGUGUCAGCCAGUUCUGUAUAACCAACAGCGCUUUCUUCACCAGAAGAAGACGAACACGAAGAAGGAUCCGUCACUUCUGGUCAGUAGCUUCCAGCUGGAGAGAGAAAAAAAAAAAGGAGUACCUAUUCGAUUCCGGCUGCGAGCCAAAAAGAAGAUCUUCCGCAGACCUGGAAGUGGAACAUCUGGUCAGCACGAGCUUUUGUAAAAACAAUUUGCUUUUCUUAGUACCUCAGAAACAGACAGUGGUCGACAUCUCUAAUGCUCCUCCUUUUUUCUCCACAAAGUUUAAAAAGCUGUGCACGCGAUUUCAAAGCUUAACUGGCACUCAAAGACGAGUGCCUUACCACCAACAAUGUUCUCCACUUGCA